AGUUCUGAUCGUCCAUUUUUCUCUAUCACUUAAUUCAUAAUGGUAAAAGACAUCAUUAUGUCCGUCUUCUUUUCUAUAAAGAAGGUGUGCAGGUUCAAUGUAUUAGACCAAAAUAGAUCAAAUCGAUCACAAGAUAAAGAUUUUGUAGGCAAUCUCAUGGCACUGGUAGACGCAAGAGAUGGUGAUUACACAGUAAGUUUCAUAAGAAAGUCUGUAGUAAAAGCCAGUGGUCCGACUCCGGAGUCACAUGUUCUCACCCUUUCCAACCUCGACCUCCUUUCUGGACGUUUUCCAGUGACUUACUUUUAUGUCUACCACAAAGUAAAGCAUAACGACUCAUCAACAUCUAUCGGCCAUGAAUUAAGAAAGUCGCUUGCUGAUUGCCUCUCACAUUUCUACCCGUUUGCUGGUCGAAUUAUUCCAAAUCCAGAUACUAAUGAGCCUGAAAUUGUAUGUGAUAACACUGGUGCUUUGUUUCUGGAAGCACAAGCCAACACUUGUCUUAAAGAACUUGACUUUUAUAAUCUCAACGACUGUCUGGAGGGAAAAUUAGUUCCAACAAAUCAGGAGUUUCCAGUACAAGUCCAACUGACAAUUUACAAAUGUGGAGGCAUAUUUAUAUCAUUCACAUUUGACCACGCAUUAGGUGAUGCUAGUUCCUUCAGUAAGUUUAUACUGAUGUGGUCUGAGAUAGCGAGGAAAAUGUCCCUCUCUUUCUCUCCGGAUCACAGGCGCUAUCUUCUUCAUGCGAGAAAUCCACCCAUUUACAACCCUUCCUUUAGUGAAUCAUUCGUUUCAUGCUCCCUGCAUGAUAUCCACAACAUAUCAUCGACCCAGAGAACACUGCUUAAGCGCCUAUACUACAUUGAUGCAUCAAGCAUCGAUAGACUGCAAAAAUCCACAUCUGUUGAUGGUACCAAAAGGACAAAAAUAGAGGCGUUCUCUGCUUAUAUCUGGAAGAUUAUGGUUAAGGCAAUUGAUAAAGGCCACAAAAAGUGCAAGAUGGGAUGGUUAGUGGAUGGAAGGAGGAGGAUAUGCAGCAACAGUGAGAAACAAAUGGAGAACUAUAUUGGAAAUGCUUUAUCCCUAGCUGUUGGAGAAGCAAGUGUGAGUGAAAUUGAGCAAGCGUCUAUAUCAGAUGUUGCAAAUGACGUGCACAAUGCUAUCUCUAAAGUGACAAGCACUGCAGCACAUUUUUUAGACUUAAUUGAUUGGAUUGAAUGGCACAAGCCUGGAUUGAUGCUCUCGAAGAUUGUCCUCGGACAAGGUGGUCCAGCAAUUGUUGUUUCAUCUGGACGGAGAUUCCCCGUGGCUGAAGUAGAUUUUGGCUUUGGAAGUCCAGUACUUGGAACAGUCUACUCCACUAUAAAAAAGCUUGGAGUUGGUUACAUCAAUCAAAGGCCAGCUGCAAAGGGCGAUGGAUCGUGGACUGUCUCAGUUAUACUGUGGCCUGACAUGAUUGAAGCAUUAGAAUCAGAUUCCAACCAGGUUUUUCAACCUAUGACUUCAAAUCAUCUUAAACUUUAGCUGGUCCAAUGGUGUCUUCAAAGUCAAAUUCCUAAUUUACAAGUAUCUUUCCAAAUUAAGGAUCUCUAUUUUCAGAUUUAUAUUUCAUUUAUCUAAAUGCCUGUCAUGCUGUUUUCGGUGAAAAAGCAAUUAAAAAUAUUCACUCUUCUAAAA